AUGAGAGAGGACGUGUUUCGUUCCUGUUGUCUCGGCUCUCGUCACGAAGUUUUAAGAUGUUGUGUGUUUAAAGUUUCAUGUGUUUUGAGAAAGUGAUGUGGUUUUUAUGGAUAUAAUUUUAAUUCGAUGCCUGUAUUCCAUGCAAAAGCGGCUAUGUGGUCGCGCAAGCAGUCGGUGUGCAGCGCCGUGAGCGGUGCCUCAAGAGGCGAUGACGUGGACCUGGCUGGAAACGGAAUACAACUCUAUCCCUUCGCCAUAGGGUUGAGAGUCAGAGUAUUACAGAUUGUCUGCGGUAUCGGUGGUUUGGUGCUGGGAGCUGUGGGCUGGUUGGAAGAGAGACAAAAACCAGCUCUGGGUUUAGGAGUACCAGCUGGUGCUAUCACCGUGCUAGCUGCAGCCACAUCAAUCUACUACAGCCGCGGGUUCGGUGGCUGGGUGUCAGCUCGCUCCCGCACCACCACAGCGUGGGGUGCUCCGUGGCGCGCGCUCGGCCCCUCGCCCUGCGCUGCCGUGCCUCUAACGAUGCUAUGGACCGCUGCCAUAGGCGCUCAUAUCGCUAUGCUGGCGUUCUGUGUUAGAUCUUUGUUGAAUAUUGGGUGUGGCAGCACAACUUGCAUCGGUGUAGCCAGCUCUCAGCUGACUCUGUCGAUUACAACCCUAGGUGCAGCAGUAUUCAUGUUUCAAUUGGACUUGAGAUACGACGCCUCGCUAUCGCCGCCACCGAGGCAAUCCGAUACGCAUAUAUGUACUGCUGUUUCCAUGGUCCCUUUGACGUCGGUGGCAAUCAACAGUGGUAAUAGUGACGUUGCGGAUCCUGGCGGCAGUCCCCAGGGUAAAGAGAAGGAGCCUCCGCCCCUGGAACCCCCCACCUGAUGUAGUGACGCCGCUUAGGACAAAGGACUAAGUGACUAUAAGUGUAGUGGUAAGUGACUAAACGCUGUGACUUUCGUACUUAUUCGUAUGUAUUUACUAGUAAUUGUAGCUUCAAUGUGAUUUCUUAUGUUUGUUACUGUUCGGAUUUCUUUUAUCCGUUUUUUCUAUGGCUUAUUUUACCCAACAAAUAUUGUAGAGUGUUGUGCGUUAUUUUUAUUGAUGACACACAUUAUGCGAAAUUUUAAUGAUUAAUAACAAUUUUCUUAAUGCAUCGAAACUCAUUGAAAAUGUGUGAAAUCUAAAUAGA